AUGUAGAGAUCAUACUAAGAACAAGUGAAUUAGAAGGAUUACUAGCAUAAAUUAUAUUUCAAAAAUGGUUAUCCUUAAAAUUAACAGUUUAAGAGAGAUCCAAAUUAAAUGCUUAGAGGAUUAGUAUAAAAUAAAUAAAAUAAUUAGGUUGUAAAAACAUGUUUACUUCACUUUAUUGAUUGGUUGAAAUAGGGGUUUAAUCUAUGGCUGUUUGUUGUAAUAAUUCUUUCAGCCAGUUUUCGAGCAGAUUAAUAGUUGUUUAUUUGUAUAAUUUAAUUGGCAGGAAAUCUAUUCAUGUCAUCGUAUAAGCUUUAUCAAUAAAUUUGUAAGGCCUUGAGACAAGUAAAUGAAUAUUUCAACUAAACUGUAUAUGUGAUUGGAUGGGAUCCCAAAUGCCAUAUCAGCAAAUGCCCUAAAAGGAAUGUGACAGUAGGAAAUCUAAUUUUCUUGAAGAGACAUCAGCCAAGUCCUAUGAGCAUAUUGAUUUUAAAUUCUUAAGAGGAGAAAUUUAUGGUGUAGACUUCUGAGAAAGAAGGGAUGACUCAUAUGACUUAAAAGCAGUCAAUAAAAUUAACAUCUACUUCCGAUUAAUAAAAAAAUCAAACAUUAAUCUAUUAUAAGAGAAUAAUGACCGGUAAAAUAGAAUUUGAUCAUUUGGACACUAAUGACAAUUAAUUCAGAGGUUUUAUUAAGUUACAAAAAGAUCCAAAGGGUGAGUAUUUGGACUAUAGGAAUAUAGUAAAUCAAAGCAGUAUGAUAAUAAAUACAGAUUGGGUAGUAGGGAUAGUUAUCAGUCAUGACGAUGAAGAUGUAAUUAAAAUGUGGCAUAAUUGUUUUAAGAAGUCCACUACUCAUUUUGAUAGAUACUUAAUGAAAUUUUCUCGAAUUUUCAGUCUUCUGUACUUUAUAUAAUUGGCAUUUUGCAUAACAAUAAUAAUUAGAUUUCAAACAAUACCAUAGGAUUUUACAAUCUAUAAUACUUUAUGUAGAAUAUUUUAGAGUAUAACAUUUGUUCAUCCCUGUAUAAUAACUGGAUUAUGCGAAUUAACAUUUUAGUUUUUUAAUAAUAUCUUUGAAAAGAACAAAAACAUAAUAAUAUCUCAUUCAUCGGAAUUGCUAACUUUGACUAAGAUAGACCAUUGUAUUUACGAUAAAACUGGCACUUUGACAAAUACAAAUACAGUGCUUUGUGGAGUGAUUUGUGGAGUUUACUUCUACAAUCUCAUUAAUGGAGAAGGCAUAAGAAGUUCUACAAAGAAGUAUAGAAAAUUAAUGACCGUAUAACAUCAACAUAACAACAUGUAGGAAAUACAGGAGGAACAAGAAGAAUAGGAGGAAAAUAAUUUAGGAAUUGGUUCACUUUAAAAGAGUGAGAGAAUGAUCUAGAAUCCAGGAAGCCAUCAUUCAGUAAAGAGCAGAUUAUAAUCAUAACACGACGAAGCAAUUAGCUUUAAUUAAGAUGAUGCAGUCUUUAAUGAGGAAGAACCAGAAUCCAGAAAUAUGGUUUUCAAUUUCAAUCCUCAUUUCAUUAGAUAGCCAGAUUAAAUAAGACCACAAAAUGCUUAAAGUGUGGAUGAGGAGAUCUCCUCUCCAGAGAAACCAAUAUAAAAUAAUAGAAAUAAUCGAAGAACGUUUAACAAUAAUAGUAGAUUGAUAACAACAACUAGAAGAGAACCCAGAAUUGUGUAAAGGAAUUUAGAAUUAGCACAGGAAGCAGCAAAUGGAUCUUUAUUAUCUCCUUCACCAUUAACUUCAUCGAAAGACAUCAGAAAAGAAGUGAAAUUAUGCGAAUCUUAAAUCAAUGAGGAUGAACAGUAAUAAUAAUCUGACAGUGAUAGUGAAGAUUAGGAUCAAGAAGGAAGAAAGGAUUUAUAAGAAAUCAUAAGAUUAGGAGAGAAAUAGGCCGAUAAUUUUAUGAGAUCUUUGAUUUUAUGUUAAGAUGUCAAAACCAAAUAUUCAAAACCUUAAAAUAAACCCAACAGAGAUAAAAAUAGCUAAAUGAUGGGGAUUUCUGGAAUUAUGAAUGAACAUCCGAGUAUGAAUCCUUAAAAUUUCUUAAAUGAAAAUACUGAGGAGUAUCAGGAAUCUGUUAUUAAAUUUGCCAAGUAAUAUCAAUUCGAAUUUAAUUGUGCAGGUCUCUUAAACAAAAGAAUUUGUUAUGAAAUUAGUGCUAAAGGUUUAAGCGAACGAUACUUAGUAUAUAAAAAAGUCAGUGAUAAUGAUACAUUUGCAAUUUUUAUGAAACCUAUUUAACAAAGAUUGAGGAAUCAAGGAGGUCAAUAUGACAGGCAAAUAACAGAAAGAAGUCAAAAAGGAGCUUCAUUAAAAUUGUAUGUGAAAAGUGAAAAUCUAGGACUUUUGGAUAAGUGUAGAUUAUCAUAGAAAAAAAGAGUUAAUCUUGAGAAAUAAAUCACUCAUCAAGCUCAAUCUGGCUAUAGAUUUAUAGUUUAUGCUGGUAAAGAAGUACCUGAAGAAUCAGUUAAAAAUAAAAACAAAUAUUAAGAAGUUAGUUUUGAUACAAUGGAAAUGACACAUCAUGACAAAGAACUCAUUAAAGAUUUGGAUUAUUAUGGCUUAAUUUGUUUAAAGGAAGAUCAAAAUCCAGGAGCUUAUGCUUAAGUUAAGACUUUUAAGAAUCUUGGUAUUUCCUAAUGGAUAUUAAGUGGCGACAAGAAGAUGCAAACACUUUCAGCUGCUAACCAUGUUGGAAUUGUCAAUAAUAAUAACACUUUAUUAAGAAUUGAUGAAGAAGAUGAAGAAAAGUUAAAACUAUAAAUUAAGUCUCAAUUACUAUUUAUUAGAAAACAACUAUUAAAAGAAGAUGAAAGUCAAUAAAAUGAAUCUACCUCUAAAUCAUUUAUAAGUUAAAAAUCAUUUUCUGAAAUGAAAAGAAGUGGAAUUUCCAAAAAGGCUACUUUUGAUGAAAACAUGAUUUUGAAAUCAAAGAAGGGAGAAGAACCUUUGUAAAAAGUGUUUCUUUUAGUCAACGGAAAAUCCAUUAAACCCAUUUUUAGUGAUGAUUAUACAAAAAGUCAUUUUCUUUUUAUUGCCUUAAUACUUAAAACUGUAAUAGCCUAUGAUUGCUCUCCUGCUGACAAAGAAUUGAUUACAAAAGCAGUCGCUAAGAUUAUGGAACCCAGUAAUACCCUUUUAACAAUUUCAGAUUCAGUUGAUGAUUUUAAUAUGAAUUCACACGCAAAUGCUACUAUUUAAUUUUCAAAAGAAAAAAGAUCAUUAAAAAUAGCUUAUCAAAACAUAUAAGUAAAUGAUUUAUAGCACAUUAAAUAAUUAGUAUUAUAUUUUGCUAAGAUACUACCUAUGCAUCUUAGUCAACUAACGGUAAUGUGUACAAAAAUCAGUUUAUAUCAAUUAAUCAUAUUUACUUUAUUUGUUUGUGUUAGAAGAACCCUUUACAUAGAAGAACAUGUUGUAUAUUUAUUAGCACUAUAAAUUCAUAUCAUUAUUAAUGGUCUGCUACCUUCAUUUGAAGAUAGAUCAAGUCAUGAAUAGAUUGAGUUGAUGCUCCCUCAAUAUUAACCUUAAGCUUAUAAAUGCUUUAAAUCUAAUUUUAGAUGGUUAUAAGAAUUGUUUUAUGAAGUGGUUAUUUCUGCAGCUUUAACAGGAUUUAUGAACACUUAUAUAUUUGCCGAGUUUAUGAUGUUUUUUACAUCUGAUCCUAAUAAUCUUGCUCACUUGAUGUUUUUGUUUUAACUAUUUAGUGUUUUUGCUUUUGGUACUUCUCAAAUGAUUCAUUUAAAUGUUCCAUUUGGAAAGAUAAUUUGGAAUUUCAUCAUCACUUUAGGGUUGCUCAUUCUUUCAUUUGCAAUAGUUGUUGAAUCUAAUUAGCGUGUCUAAAUAAUUAGGAAUAUCUUCAAAUGGUAAUUCAUUAUUGGAAUUCUUACAGGAGUAGUAAUCAUCAUUACAGUCGAUUAAAUAAUAAAAUAGACUAGGGAUUCGAUGUUUACUCCCAGAAUCAUAAUAAAUUUUGUAAAAUACAUGGAGAAUGCUAUGAAGAAUCAAUCAGGUAAAAUUGUAUAAGAGUCUGUUAAAUAAUUUUCUAUGUUAAAUCACAUUAAAAUAAAUCGAUAAUUCUUUAGAAAAAUUAAAAAAGUAUUUGAGAAUGUAUCAAUUGAUCCUUUCAUUAGAUCUUUAUUUGAAAGUGAGAAAACUUAAUCAUUUAAUGGCGAAUAUUCUAAACUAUCGCUUGUAUUCAAGAAUCAUAAUUAUGAAAAGUAAUUUAGGCAAUUCAAAGUUUAAUACUAUUAUCAAUAGAGAAGAGAAGUGGUUAUAGUACUUUUUAUUGUCUUAAGAGUUAGUAGUGUGAUAGCAUGGUCUCCAUUUGUGACAGUUGAAGACACAAUACUCAAUAUCCUUUGGGCCAUCUUUAUGGUGAUUUGGAUUUUAAUAUUCUUUGUUACUCACAUUGUUGAAAAGAAAUAAUCAGAUUUAGCUGCAUUUCAAAUAAAAUGGGGCACUAUUGAAGCUUAUUUCUUUAUUCCAAUAGUGUUGAUUUUGGAUCACUUUUUGAGUGUUACACUUCCUGAGGAUAAAAGUUAAUAUUACUUUAGCACUUUUGGACAGUUGUUAUACUAAUAAUUUUUAGCAUGGGAUAUCUUUCCUCCUCCUUUAUAUUAUCCAAUAAUUUUGACCUUGAUAUUUUUUAUAAAUUACACAAUAAGAGUGGCAAACUUUUAUGAUAUUCAGGUGAAUUCAGAUUCAGAGACACCAACCUUCAGAGUAGAAUUUAUCACUCUAUAUGUUCUUUUGUUCUUUCUUAACUUGUUAUCUAAUUAUACUCAUUACAAUGUAAGAAAUAAUAUAAUUUUAGUUUUAACGAUUUUAAAGAUUAGUGUUUUUAUUUGACUAAGCUUUGUAAACGUAAUAAGAACAAACUAAUUAGAUCUUGAAGUCUCUGUUGCCUGCAUUUAUCUAUGAAAAGAUUGAACAAUCAGAGGAGACUGAAAUAGAAGAGAAUUAAGGAUCAGUGUCAAUUAUAUUUUUAGAAAUUUGUGAAUUCGAUAAAAUCCUUUAAUCUAAACAACGAUAGGUUGUAACUUUUUUGGAUGACAUUUUUAGAGUCUUAGAUAAAAUAUGUUUGUAAUAUGGAGUGUAGAAGAUUGAAACUGUAGGUAAGACUUACAUGGCAUGUUCAGGGUUGAAAUCAACAGAGAUAGAAAAUAAUAAAGAUGGAUUGAAUCAGCAGAAGAAAAAUGAAACGGCAAUAGCAUUAGAAUUGUCAUUGGAUUUCUUAAAGGCAGUCUCUGAAUUCAGAUAUGAAUACAAAGAUUAAGAUGUUGUUAAAUUAUUCAAAUUAAAAAUCAAAAUUGGUAUCCACUAUGGAUAAGUGAUUGCAGGUGUUAUAGGAUAUCAUAAGCCUUAAUUUUCAUUGAUUGGAGAUACAGUCAACACUGCAUCAAGAAUGUGCUCAACAGGUUAAGUAGGCAGAAUCACAAUAUCAAAUGAGGCUUAUGAGCGUGUCAAGGAUACUGAGUUUCUUUUCACAACUAGGGAAGUGGAGGCCAAAGGAAAAGGUAUGUUGACUGUCCAUUAAGUCACUCAAAGGAAAUUACAAACUAAAAAGCAUCAAUCUCAAGCGAAGUAUUACGAAGGCUAGAAAAACGGAAGGCCACUCACUUUUAAAACUCAUAAGACAAACAAUAUACGAACUACAUAGUUGAAGUAGACUUAUAAGGAUAUUUCUCCUCCAUCUUCGGUAAAUGAUCAUUUAACAACAAAGGAAUAUGGACGUAGAUCUAAAAUCAUGAAUCAUCCUAUGCAAGGCUCGUAAUAUUUGAAAAUCCCUAGGAAGAACAAGGGAGCCGAAGCUACAAGGGGGAUCAAAAAGGGUACCAUCAAAGAAGAAGUGACUUCUAUGAGUGAAACUGUAUGGAAGGACAGGUCUAAAUCCUAAGUCAUUUAAAAAACUGAUUAUAACACGAAUGACUGGGAAGAGACAAAGGAAGAUGAAAUCUAAAUGAAAUAAGUAGAAAAGGACCCUGAAAACAGAAUUAUUGGAGUCUCUGAUAAUGAUGUUGAUGGUCCUGAAUAAGAAGUCAGAAGUGAAAGAGUAAAGAAAGUCAUGGAUUUAGAAGUUCUAAAAUAUAAGAAGUUAACACUUGAAUAUGAAAAAUGUAACGAAGCAAUUAUAGUCAUGCAAUUUGAAUAGUAUUAUUAAGAAGUUAGAUCAGCUUUAAAGGAUAUCUUUUAUCCCAUGACUAUUGUCUAUACUUUAUUUAAAGCAUAAAUAUAAUUGAUAGACUCAGGUUAAGAUGGACUUACUAUAUACAUAGUUAGAAUGUUCUUAAGCUUAUACUUAAUAAUAUUGUAUUUUAUUACUAGUAGAUUGAAGAAAUAUAAUAUGCAUAAUCUAGAUUUAGCUUUAACUGGUCUCUACUAUGUGAGUGCCUUUUUAACAAUGUUCUUUGUUACUUUCAAUAAUUAAUAGAGAUUCCUUAUUUCUGAUAAUGCUGAAGCCUAUUUCUUUGCAUUUUCAGCUGUAAAUUAACAAUCAUUAAAAUUCAAAUAUAUGUUUUUCUACAUUUUAUUGCAAUAAGCUGCAUGGUUUGUUUAGCUUCUUCUGCAUGAACAUAACAAUUUAUUAGUAUUUAUAGUGUUAUCAACAAUAAUCUUGGUAAUAGUAUCACAUAACAAUUUUGAAUUGACAAUUAAAAAUUUCAAUAGUGCUGCAAAUGAAAAUUUGAAAAAAGAGCAAAGAGACUCUUUAUUAACCAAUUUAUUACCUUCUCACAUUUUAACAAGGUUCUAUUAGAAUAGCAAAAUUAAAUUAGAAUUGUCAGAUGUUUUGAUAGAUGCAACUCUUUUGUUUGCUGACAUAAGUGGAUUCACAGCUUACUCAGCAAAAGUCUCAGCUGAAUAAGUAGUAAAGAUGUUAAGGGAAUUGAUGACAUCAUUUGAUAAGGAAUGCUUAUAGUAGAAUGUUUAUAAGGUAUACACUAUUGGAGAUUGCUAUGUUGUUUUGGGAAUAAAUGAUAUGGAACAAAGACAUCCAGGACAAGAAGCCAAAAAUGUCUUAGAAAUGGGAUUAGAAAUGGUAGAAAUUAUAAAGAGAGUUAGAAAGGAAGUCAAUUUCAAAGAUUUGAACAUGAGAAUAGGAAUACACACAGUAAUACAUUCAAUUUAUUAAUUAUAGGGACAAUUCUAUGGCGGUAUUAUUGGAACAGAUAUUGUGAGAUAUGACAUUUUUGGUAUUGAUGCAGUGAUUGCUAAUAAAAUGGAAUCUUAAGGAGAAGCAGGGAAAGUUAUGGUAAGUGAGGACACAAGGAGAUUAAUCAAUAUACAUUUUCCUGGCGAAUAUAUAUUUACUCCAAGUAAAUAAGUAGACAUUCCAGUUGCUAAAAAGAAGGUUUAACCAUAUUUUGCAACAAAGGCUGAUUUUUUAAAUCGCCCAGACAAUCCUAGAUUUAUUUGA